CUCGCGCUUGUCACCUCAGUUUUACGAACGCGUGUUUCGUUCAACACGCGUUUCCGCUGGUGUGCAACGGGAAGGCAGAUCAGUUGCGCGAGGUCGUCGUCGUCGUCGUUGUCGAUGCUUGUACGCAUAGGCUGCGUCGCGUCAUCGUCAUCGUCGUUCGUCAUCGCUCGGCGCAGCUCAUCGUCGUCGUCGCUCGUGCGGGAGCUCGUGUCGCCCCAAAUCCCUAGGGUGGAAGAACCCCGGAGGAUAGCGACAUGUCGACAUCGCGAGUGUCUCGAUCGCGACAGGCAUAGUGACGAUUAUACAGUACACACCGAUGACGUCAGCCGCAUCACGAUAUGAUGGAGUCCAUCAGAAAAUGGUUUUACAGGCCUAAGAGAGACGACACGAGUCUGCUGGCUCAGUUCUUUUAUGCCGACGAGUCCUUGAACGCGGUCGCCUGCGAACUGGACUCCUUCGACGGCCGACAAGAGCCGGAGAGAUGCACGUCAUUGGUGAACCAGCUGCGGCACUGUCAGGACAAGGUGCUGACGAUCUGCAAUCAGAUCAUGGACGAUCUGAUACCGGAAAGUCGCGCCAACCGAGACUUCAGAGUGAAGUUCCCUGAUGACGUCAUGCAGGAAAAUCUAGCUGGACAGCUUUGGUUCGGCGCGGAAUGUCUCGCAGCCGGCUCUUCCAUCAUGAAUCGCGAGGCCGAAAGCUCGGCAAUGAGGCCGUUGGCGAAAGCUCUCACCAAGUCGUUGGAGAUCGUCAGAAAUUUACUUAGAGAACACGCGCUCAAAGGUCACAUGAACUUGAAGACGCAAAAUCCACUCGAGCCGUCUCUGGAGAAACUCAUCGAGUCGUUGAAAAUUUUCGAUCGGCUCUUCGCGGAUUUCGAGCUAUGCUACGUCGGCGCAAUGGUGCCGGUGAAGUCGACGAAAGAGUACGAGCAGCAGGAACUGGUAUGCGUACUCUUUUCGGAAACUUUGCAGCGAGCGCUCGAGCGGGGACUGUUGGACCAAGCGGAUGUAGAUAACUAUGAGCCGGCUUUAAUGUUUACUAUUCCACGCCUGGCUAUCGUCUCGGGACUAUUGGCACCGCCUGGAGGACCGCUGUGUCUCAAUUCGCCCGACACUAUUAGCGAGAUGUUUAGGCCAUUUCGGACUCUGCUGCUCAAGAUAAGAGAGUUAUUAUGGACGUUAAACAAACGCGAGCUGUACAUGCUGGAAAAGUUGCUAUGCUCGAACGAGGAGCCGUCAGGCUCGAUCACACAGUCGACGAAAUCCGCGUGUCAGGACAUACCCGAUUUGGAGGAGUACGUGCACAAUUUUUACAGCGGUUACCCGAAUUGCAAGGAGUUCAUUGUUGACUUCUACACUGUGACGAGGAAUACGGGUAACAAUAUGGACGAGGUGGCGAGUGAUGCGGUUCAGUCACUGGACGAAGAGGGCAAAGCCGAUCAGUCGUCGAACAGGAAGCGCGAGGAUAGGGACGGGCGUAGGAAGAGGAGGAACGGCGCGGAGAGCAGGCGAGACGGCUUAAACAUAUCGUUGGACGGAUGUGAUAAUAACGUAACGUGCGACAGCAGCGGCGAAAAGGCGCAGCAAAGUGACGGGGAAAGUGUCGGUGAACGAGUGCGAUACGAACGGGAACUCUCUAACGCUUCGUGCGACGACGGACCGUUCUCUCAUGACUGUGAUUCCGUUUCCAACGGCGAGAACAACGUUAGCGAGCACUCCGGCUCGAUAGCGCGAAACGACGCCGCGGGAUCAGACGCGACGGAGAGCGGCGCUUCGAACAGCGCCGAGGACGCGCGGAACGAGGGUAAUUUUAUGACGCUCGACGUGGCGCAGAUGCUCGAAGGGUGCUCCGACAACAUCGAGAUCCCGCAGACUCAGUAUAUGCUUAAUCAGGUCACCCGCGAGAGCAAUAUAGACGGCGAGACCGCGCACAUAGAGAAUUCGCUGCCCGACCUGGACUCGAAGAAGCUCAUCUCGGAGGCGAAUAAAACUCUCUCGAAUUUAUUGCUGGACUCGGGCGAGUGCCAGAACGAGAUCUCGGAGCAGACGGACUCGGGCAUAUGCACGGUGAUAUCGUCCGAGAACACGAGCUUGUACGACAAGAGUCCGGAGGAGAAGAAAACGUUCGCCAAUGAGAUCGAGCAGGACGGAUGCGGCAUCUCGGACGAGGAAGAUACGCAGGAGAACACCAGCUACUCGUGCUCUAACAUGAACUCGCCGAAGAAGAAGAAUCCUACCAUCGCGGAAAACUCGUGCGUUUGCGGCAUGAGGGGCGUCAGCAAGAUGGUCGCGCCUGCCUUGGACCAUUCGAUCGACGGUCUGCACUCGAACGGCGACGGGGAGCCGGCGAGCAAGAACGUUCCGCGAAUCUCGUCGAAUUUCGACGGCACUAACGAGGAAUUUAUCGGCGUAGCGUACGGCAACGGCCAAUUGACGCUCUGCGAUUCGAAUCAGUCGACCUUCCAAAUAAACUACUCCGAGAACUGGGAAAAUCUUAAUCUAAACAUCGACGCAUCGAGCUCGAGGAAGGAGUUCUGGGGCGAUCUCAAGUGCGAGAACUGCCCGUCCACGUCGCAGAGCAUCGACAAGAUCGGCAGCAAGAUCGAGAAAUACGCGCAGGAGAAAAUAACGGCGAAGAAGACGCGGGACGAGAGGCAGCGGCGGCGGCAUCAGCACAAGCUGGAGCGAAACGCGCAGCGAGCGCAUCACAGAUCGGCGGAGAAGAGACACAAUUUGCAGAUCAUGCGGUCGGCCACGAGCACCGAGAGCUCCAGAUCCAAUUCCACGGAUCGGUGCUUGAAUCCCCGAUUGACCGGCUUCGGCGCCAGCCUGCAUCUUGGCCAGAACACGAGGCAGAUACCGAAUUUUGGCAGCCACAGUCCGCACAUGAGCCCGCGGUUGCAUCACUUCGAGACGCGCAGCACUCCGGGCUCCGGACAGCACUGCUGCAAUCUCGGGACGCACGGGACGACGAACAGACGCUCGUCGCCGCCGAGCCGAAAGUUGUUGGAUCACAGGCGAUCCAAGUCCGAGCAGAUCGCGCGAAUGAAAAGGAGAGACGUCGAGAAGAGGGAGAAGUACGAUCGGGACAAGUAUGCGCGCACCGAGCACAACAAGAGAAAACUGGGAACGGGCGGAAGCUCUUCUAAUCUGAUAAACGACGGAUUAGGCCCGCGGACGGAUAAGAGCGGCUUGGUGACGGAAAUCGCGUCCUCGAACGCGUCGCACAAUGUAGGCUGUCACGAGUUUCAACACGCGCGGGGCAGUCACUUGCGGAGAUCCGCCCGUGCGAGAUUGGUCAACGCGUCAACGGUAUCCGGCGUGUCGUGUUUGAACACCGAUCAGUCGUCGAGCUACAAAGCCGACAUAGUUUCGAGCUCCAGCUGCUCGAGCUGCUGCGAGUCGAGCUCGGAGACCAGUGAAUUUCACAGCGAUUGCCAGGAUGACGAAGAGAUCGCAUUAGCGAUGCAGGCCGCUGAGAUCGCAAAUAGAAAUCAAAUUAGAGCCAAGUUUCGAUCUUCGGAAGAUUUGGUUCAUCGCCUCUUCGUUUGCAUAGCUGGCGUGGCGGAUCAACUGCAAACAAAUUUCGCAUCGGAUUUGCGGAACAUUCUGAAAUGCGUUUUUCUCAUGAAUAGUAGUCAGAUGAUCGAAGACGCUGAAGGAUCGAAGGAUCAAAGUCCGAACUCCACGAAUCAAUCAAUAAAUGCGCCGCUCGACACGGUGGAGACUGGAAGUAUUCACGAGCGGCAAGAUUCAUUGGCUGAAUACGAAGAUAUGGAUGAAACCGCUUUGACACACGACCGAACUUCUCCCGUGACCGAGAGGGGAGAGGAGUGCGUCGAGAGAGCGCCUGCUUGGGUGCCAGACAACGAUGCGCCGCGGUGCAUGGCAUGCCAGGCGGGAUUCACGGUCGUGCGGCGCCGGCACCAUUGUCGAAACUGUGGCAAAGUGUUCUGCGGCCGUUGCAGCAGCAACAACGUCCCACUGCCUCGUUACGGGCACACGAAGCCUGUGAGAGUGUGCAACAGGUGUUUUCUGUACCAAGUGACACCUUUUACGGUCUCCCAGGUCACGUCUACCAGCUGAAUGUUUCUGGAAUGGCUCGUAAAUCCGAUUAUUUUUUAUUGAGCUCCCUACGCGCCCGUAUCCCUCUUUCAAUGUGCAACGUAUUCACGCAAAUCUGACAAUUAUUAAUAGCGUUCAGAAAGUCGCUAUUCUUGCAAUAGGAACAAUAUUUCAAUACAUCCUCUUCGUAGAGAGGGGAUACAAAUCAUGUAAUUAUGUGAUAUAUUCGCCCGGUGUUAAGAACUUUAGUCCAAUGAAUUUAGCGUCGCUCCAUUCGGAAGCUGAAAUGAAUUUGUCAAGCUAUUUCGAACAUUGUCUCCUUUUCUUCUCUUCUAUCUCUCGAGUGGUAUAAAUGCAUAUAUCGAAAAAUCUGGUGGCAUCUUCGAUUUGCCCGAUUUCGUCAAUGUAUAGUUUGUAAAAAAGAGAAAUCGUAGAAACGCGUUUACCGUAUAAUAAGCGAGAAGAGAAAUUGGAGGAGGAUCGCUGCCACCGGAUUACUUUCGCGCGUUGUUUGUACACUCACGUGCACUUAAGCUAUAAAAUUUAGAUAUAUCGGCGCUAAUCGCUCAUAUUUUUACACAUCGUGAUUAGAUAUUCCUGAAGAAAGUUAUUCCAAUUUGUGACAAAUGCGACAACGCAAUUUGACUUGGCUAGGUAAUAAGAUUUCUUGUAAAAAUUGUUAAAAUUCAUUUAAGAGAGUUGUGUCUUCGUAUUUAAGGUAAGCGAUUGUACAGAGAAUUAUACUUAUCACGAGUACCUUAUGUUAUUAUUAUUUUGAUUAUUAUUAUUUUAAUAAUUAUUAUUAUCGUUACUAUUAUUUUUAUUAUUUCACUACGUAAAUGUAGUCCUUAGAAAGAUUUGUUGUUUAAAUUAAAUAAUUCUUAAUUGCUUAAGUUAUAGUUCUAGAUUAUUUUCAUUCUAAUAAAAUGAUUAUUGUACCAUGGUUUAUUUCAGAAGAUGAUAAAACUUCUUCCGCGCGUUCUCUUUUCCAAAAAAGAAUAAUAAGACUAAUACGAAUACGUUAUCAAGUUAUCGAUAUGUUCAUAGUAAUCGCAAUGUAAAUAAUAUUUCUUGGUAUAUGGUCAUAAAUUUCUAAUAUAAAUAAUAAUUAUUUCAAGUUAUAUUAAAGCGCCGCGCGCACAUAUUUAAAAGAAUUUGAACUUUUAGCGUAAAGUGUUAUCGAUUGCAGCAAGACUUUAGGUCAACACGCAAGUAUCAUUACAUUGCUGUAAUCUCGAUGUGAAGAUUCGUUCAGUUUUAAAAUGUCUAGAGAUUUCUCUCCAGAAUAUCUUAAUAAUUAUUCUACGCUUGCAUAUUUUCGGUAAACUUCGGUUGAUAAUUGAUAAAUAAUUUUCCAUAGAAAGUAAGCCUUCUCACGCGGAGGCUUGCGUUAUUCUCUAAGCGUGAAAUUAUGUCUAGUGUAUAUUCACUCCUACGAUGUAUAGCGUGUACAUGUCUGGAGUACAUACACACACACACACACACACACACACAUUUAAAACGAAUAAUAAUAAUAAUAAUAAUGUUAAGGAAGAGAGUGCGGAAGGAAAUUUUUGCAUUCAACGGUCGGGUCACGUCAUAAACUGUCACCGAGAUAAAAUUUCUAAGCAUUCUACUGCCCGCUGAAACGUUUCGACGUAUAUACACAGGUGCGCGCUGGCACACAACACGACUAGCUCCUGUGCCAAAUUUACGACAAUAAGUUUUCUCUUUCUUACAACACGCACGAAUUUGGUUCCUAUCGGAAAAGCUUGGGCCGAUACUUCCGAUUAGCAUCCGAUUAGUUGUGUUGAAGGCAAGACUGUGACUAAUAAAGGAGGAGCGGUAUUUCGACACAGACAAACCCGACGUUAAUGUGCACCUCGAUUAAUAAAAAGACUGGAAUGUACAGAUCGUUCGCUUAUUAUCGUUUUCCGAGCGUUCGUUGUAAUUGAUAUAAAUUCCAAAUAAUAGAUUUACGUCAUUAUUAAUUUUGUUUCCAAUUAUAUUCUAUUGUACGAAUGUGAGCUGUUCAUAAGAUGCGAAAAAAAAAAAUGAUUAUGAUUAAUUUCACCAAUGUCUUCUCAAAUGCUCGUCGAAUCUCAUUUCGACGCUGCGUCGAUGUUCGAAUGUCAGUUAAAAUAUACUGAAAUUGUUUGACCAUUAUGCACUUGUUAAAAACGAUAUUUAACGGGAAAGGUAGGCGGAAUCGAAUAUUAUGGUCAAUCAAUGUAGAAAUGGAAACACAUCACGUUCAUAUAUAAACGAUUGUAUAAAUUGGGUGCCGAGUCGAUUUGCUGCGGUUGGCGUUAGCGAAGGGACGACGUUAAUUGCAACCGACGUGUAUCGAUUAAUUUGACAUUUAGAACCGUAUUUACAUCGUUGUAGUUACGAUUAUCGAUUUCGCGUACGGACGUAAUGCGUAAUAAUGUUCCCCAAAAUGACGAAUAGUGAUAUCGAUUCGGUGAGAGAUCGGACUUCAAAAUCGUUCCCAGACGACACGCGUGUCUUAAAGAUAUUUAAAAGACGUUUAAAAGCGACGUCUUUUAGACGUCUUUCCGAUAUCUUUAGGACACGCGUGUUGUCUGGAUUGUGUAUUAUACUAGCGUGUGCGUUGUAUAAAUUAUAAGUAGGUAUUUUCACUGUUUAAAAACGAAAAAAAGAAAAUAAUGUACAGUAUCCGUGGAACAGCGAGAGAGCGGUUGUAAGACGUGUAAUAAAAUUAACCAGCGAGAAAAAAAAAACUUAUUUCCUUAAGAAGCACAUCGAGUAGAGAAUAUAACUUUAAGAUUACGAACACUUAGACGAAAAGUUAUUUUUUACACGUAAUCGAUGCCUUGCUAGAAUAUCGUGCUUUCGAUUUCGGACGCGAGGAAAAGCUGCUGGUGAAGAGGUCCAGCGGCCAAGUGCGAGGGACCGCUGGCAACAUCUCAAUCUCCCCUGUGCGAAUCAUUUUGGUAACCAGGAUUUCCCCUGUGCCUAAUGUCGCAGGCUAGCCUGUGAAUAUAUUAUAGAAGCAAAAAAAAGGCGAAAGAGGAAAGUGGAGAAAACCUCAAACAACACACGCAUGUCUGAAAGACGUCUGAAAGAAAAAUGCUGUCUUUAAGAUAUGCGUGUUGUCUGGAAACAGAUAUGUAAAAAAAAAAAAAAA